AUGGGGAGAAUGUGUGUUGUUUUCUGGUGUCUUCUUUUCUUUGCGACUGUUUGGUUAGGGCUUGAUUUUCAUGUAGCUGUUGAAGGAACUGGAUUGGGGAGUAUGUGGAAUAACCGGACUAACACUACGGCUGCUGGGUAUGAUGGACCUGGAAAUGGCGGUGCAGGAGGUGGUGGUGGUGGUGGUGGUGGUGGUGGAGGGGGAGGGUCUGGCGGAGGGGUGGGAUAUGGGAAUGGCGGAGGGAGAGGAUACGGAUCGAGAGCCAGAGGUGGGGGUGCAUAUGGCAAUGGAGGAAGAGGCGGUCGUAGUGCUGGCGGUGGUAUGGGUCGAGGUGGUGGUAAUAUGGGUGGGGGUGGUGGUGGUCAUCAUGGUGGUGGUGGAAUGGGCCAAGGUGGGGGGAAUGGUGGUGGCAAAGGUGGUAUAGGUGGUUAUGGUGCUGGAUAUGGCAACGUUGGCGGAGGUGGAGGUGGUGGUUUUGGCUCAGGACCUGGCAACUGGGGUGGAUUUGGCACCGGAGGAUUCCCUUUUAGAGGUGGUAGUGGCGGUUCCAUGGGUGGUGGUGCCUAUGGUUCAAGAGGAGGUUUUAGUGGUGGUGUUGGUGGAUAUGGUUCAAGAACGUCUCCAGGCUCUGGUUAUGGAAACUUUGCAGGUUCAGGUGGCGGUGGUGUUGGCAGCGGCGGCAGCUUUGCUGGCGGCGAUGGUGGCGACAUCGGUUCGGAUGAUGGAGGAAAUGGAUUUGGCGGGGGUCCUCACAAAACUCCUGACAAGAACUAA